CUCGACAUCCAUGGAUUUCGCAUGCUUCUAGUAAUUCAACAUGGGAUGUCCAAGCUGUGGAUCAACAGCAUUUGAAUCUGACGUUGCAUCAGGAAAUACGUACUGUUUGGAGUGCGGUGUUGUCGUUGAACAAAAUGCAAUUGUUUCAGAAGUAACUUUUGGUGAAGCGUCGAGUGGUGCAGCUGUUGUGCAAGGCUCUCUCAUUAGCCAUGAUCAGACACAUGCUAGACCAAUGGGGGGUCCAUUUCGAAGCCAAAGCUCCUUGGAAUCCAGAGAAAUGACUAUUGCGAAUGGACGUCGUCGUAUAUCUGCUCUAGCAAUUGCUUUGAAACUAAACGAACGCCAUGUUGAGGCUGCCGUCCGUUACUUUACUCUUGCGAUCAAUAACAAUUUCAUCAAGGGCCGUCGGUCGCAGUACGUCGUUGCGUCAUGUCUUUACAUCGUUUGUCGUUAUUCGAAAACGUCUCAUAUGCUUAUUGACUUUUCCGAUAUGCUGCAAAUUAAUGUCUUUAAACUUGGCUCCACCUUUUUGAAAUUAUGUCGUACUCUAGAGAUUACAUUACCUUUACUAGACCCUUCUUUGUAUAUUAGUCGGUUUGCUGCUCUUUUAGAAUUUGGUUCCGAAACGUCUCGUGUUGCCAACGAUGCAAUCCGUCUUGUUGCACGCAUGAAUCGAGAUUGGAUGCAGAUUGGUCGUCGUCCUGCUGGUAUUUGUGGUGCCUGUCUGUUAAUUGCUGCUCGAAUGAACAAUUUCAGAAGAAGCGUUCGUGAAAUUGUGCAUGUGGUAAAGGUUGCAGAUAUCACCAUUCAGAAGCGUCUCGACGAAUUUCGUACUACGGAAAGUGGUGAUCUAUCAAUCGCUGACUUUCGUAGCAUUUGGCUGGAAGGUCAAUGCGACCCUCCUAGUUUUGCUCGAAAUCAAAAAACUUAUUCCAACUCUUUUGAUGCAGUAUCGUCCUCUCCUCCUAUAAAAGAAUCACCGUCUCAAAUAGAGGGAACAAAUGUCCCAAACACACAACCAAGGGAAGCUUCACCUGCAAUAAAAUCCGAAGAAUUAUCACAGAAAGUCAAGAUGGAUUCUCAGGAACAGCGGUCUCAACUUCUUGAGGAAUCUAAUAAUAUUCGAAAAGAGGUUUCGGAAACCCUCAAACAGGAGGAUUUGAAAAAUCUUUCUUCCCAGAUGAAUGUUAAAUUGAGCGAAGAUGAGAUUGCUUUAGCCGACGUAGAUGAUGAAGAAAUCCAAGAAAUAUUGCUUGAUAAAGAUGAAGUGGAGACGAAAACUCAAGUUUGGAUGGAACUGAACAAGGAGUAUUUGGCAGAAGAAGAAGCGAAAAAUCUAAAAAUACAAGAAGAUUUGAAGAAAGGAAUUGUGAAACAGCCUCGCAAACGACGAAAAUAUCGCCCAAAGGAUAGUACCAGUGAUGGUCUUGCCAAUACUCCUGCUGAAAGUGCGAAAGAGAUGAUGCAACAAAGAGCAUUUUCGAAAAAGAUCAAUUAUGAAGCACUUGAUAUGUUAUUUAACGAAUAGGUAUAUUGCAUUUUUGUAGUUUAGGUCAUUUAAUUUUUUACGGGGUUUGCUAAUUAAUUUUAAUUCUUUUUUUGGAGUUUGUUAUCUACCAGACAAAAAACAUAUCAUGUAUCUUAUAAAUCAAUUCAUAAACAAAG